AUGAAGCCCAAGGCCCUCUUGUUGGGGCGCAUUGACCACGCCACGGCAUCGUGGCAGGCGCUCGCCGACCUCGCCGACCCCGUCGACCUCGUGACGACUGCCGCGACCUCCCGCGCCGAACUUCUUGCCGAGUGCCGCAGCGGCGCCCUCGACGGCGUCGUGGCCAUCUUUGACCGCGCGCCGCACAGCACGUCGACGACGGGCCCCUUCGACGAGGAGCUGAUUGGUGCGCUGCCGGCCAGCGUGCGGUUCCUGGCGCACAACGGCGCCGGCUACGACAACAUUGACGUGGCGGCGUGCACGCGGCGGCGCAUCCGGGUGUCCCACUGCCCGCGCGUGGUCGACGAGGCGACGGCGGACACGGCCGUGUUUCUGAUCCUGGCGGCGCUGCGCGAGUUCAACAACGGCAUCAUGGCCAUCCGGCAGGGCACGUGGACGGGGCUGCUGCCGCCGGAGCCGCUGGGGCGCGACCCGCGGGGCAAGGUGCUGGGGAUCCUGGGGCUCGGCGGCAUUGGGCGGUGUCUGCAGCGCAAGAUGGCCGCGUUCGGCAUGACCGAGGUUGUGUACCACAACCGGACACGCCUGCGGCCCGACGACGCGGGCGGUGCCGAGUACGUCAGCUUCGGCGAGCUGCUGGCGCGCAGCGACGUGCUGAGCCUCAACCUGCCCCUCAACGCGGGGACGCGCAACAUCGUCUCGACGGCCGCGUUCGCGCAGAUGAAGCGCGGCAUUGUGAUUGUGAACACGGCCCGGGGCGGCGUGCUGGACGAGGCGGCGCUGGUCGACGCGCUCGCCAAGGGCAUCGUGUCGUCGGUCGGGCUGGACGUCUACCAGAGCGAGCCCAACAUCCACCCGGCGCUGGUGGCCAACCCGCGCGUGUGCCUGCUGCCGCACAUGGGCACGUCGACGGUCGAGACCAAGACGCAGAUGGAGGAGCUGGCCAUUAGCAAUGUGCGGUCGGCGCUGACCACGGGCAAGCUGGUGACGCCGGUGCCCGAGCAGAGGCAUUUGGAUGCGCAGGAGACGUGA